GUGAUAAAUCAUAGUAUAUUAUCAUAAAUUAUUAAUUAUUAAUAAUAAAUAAAUUAAAGUAUUAUUUUAAUUUUUAAUUGAACACUAAAGAAUUCGUCAUCUUUUGAAAUAUAAUAAUUAUUUUAUUAGUUACAACAGAUAAAAUCAAUAUUAUAAUUUAUAGUUCAUUUUUCAAAAAAUCACAGUAUUCAAAAUGUUGAAAAAAAUUAUUGUAUCGAAUCACCGAAUGUAUCGACAAAUGUCUGAUUUUGUAACCCAAUAUAAUGAAAAUCAUAUACCCACCACAGCGUUCCAAAAGUUAUUAUUAUCAGUUGGAUCUGCAACAGUUUCGUUAUUUGAUCCUCAAAGAGCAGAUAUGAUUGCUACUAUGGGAGAAACUACUGGAACACAUGCGUUAAAGUAUAUGAGAGAUAAAAUGAUAAAUAAUCCUGAAGGCAGCGAAAUAUUACAGUUACAGCCAAGAAUUAACACUUCAACAGUUGAUCUUGACAAGUUAAGAUGUAUGCCUGAAAAUACUCUUGGAUAUGCUUACUUUAAAUUUUUGAAUCAUAAUAAAGUAACUCCAGACUCUCGAGGAUCGGUUCAAUUCAUUGAUGAUGUUGAAUUAGCAUAUGUGAUGCAGAGAUAUAGAGAAGUACAUGAUUUAUUUCAUACAGUUUUGGGAAUGCCUACUAAUAUGUUAGGAGAAGUAACAGUAAAAUGGAUUGAAGCAUUUCAGACUAAAUUACCAAUGACUUUGAGUGGAGGUCUUUUUGGAGCUAUACGACUUAAACCAAAACAAAGAGAACAAUAUGUUCAACAUUAUUUACCAUGGGCUAUUCAAACAGGAUUAAACAGUAAUUUUAUGUUAAAUAUUUAUUUUGAAAAAAGAUGGGAACAACCAAUGGAAGAAUUGCAUAAAGAAUUAAAUAUAAAACCUUUAGAAAUAAUUAAUUUAAAAUAAUUAUUGUUGCAUGUGUAAGUAGUGUUAUUAACAUCUUUAUUUUGUAUUUUACUGUUGCUUAGAAUACAUAAAAAUAGAUAAAUAAAUGGAUAAAUAUAUUAUA